AUGGAACUGGAGACCAAGGAGAGGCAUGGAGAGACCAAGGACAGAGGCAGACAAGAGAAGAGGAAGACAUGGAGAGAUGGACAGAUCAAGGAAGAAGCAGAAAGGAGAAAGGAAGAAGAUGAAUGGACACUGGAGGAGACCAAGGAGAGAGAAGACAAGAUGGACACUGAGACCAUGGGAGAGGCAGACAAAGAGAAGGAGAAGACAUGGACACUGGGAGACCAAGGGACCAAGGAAGAGGCAGACACUGGAGAGACCAAGGAGAAGAUGGACAUGGAGAGACCAAGGAGAGAGGCAGACAAAGAGAAGGGGAGAAGAUGUAUGGACACUGGAGAGACCAAGGAAGAGAAGAGAUGGACACUGGAGAGACCAAAGGCAUGGACACUGGAGAGACCAAGGAGACAUGGAGAAGGAGAAGACCAAGGACCAACUGGAGGACAAGGAGAGGCAGAGGACACAAGGACACUGAGAGGAAGACAAGGAGACAGAUACGGAGACUGGAGAGAAGACAUGGACACUGGAGAGACCAAGGAGAGGCAGGAGAGAAGACAUGGAGACACUGGAGAGACCAAGGAAGAGACAAAGAGGAGACAGAGAAGGACACUGGAGAGACCAAGGGAGGCAGGACACAGACAUGGACAAAGAUGGACAAGGAAGAGGAGACCAAGGAAGACAUGGACACUGAAGAGAGACAAAGAAGGAGAGGCACAGGACAAAGAGAAGGGAAGACAUGGACAUGAGAGACCAAGGAGGCAGACAAAGAAUGGAAGAGAACUGGACACUGGAGACCAGGCAGAGAGAUGGACAGAGACCAAGAGACAGACCAAGGAAGAGGCAGACAGACACAGAGAAGAAAUGAAGACACUGGAGAGACCAAGGGAGGCAGAUGGAAGAGAAGGAGAAGAUGGACACUGGAGAGACAUGGACAAGAGGCAGACACAGAGAAGAGAUCAAGGAAGGGACAGAUGGAAGAUAAGAAGGGAGGCAGACAUGGACAUGGGAGAGAUCAAGGAGAAGAUGGACAGAAGAGGAGGAGAAGACAUGGACAUUGGAGAGACCAAGGAAGAGGCAGAUAAAGAGGAGAAGAUGUAUGGACAUGGAGAGACCAAGAGGAUGGAAGACAAAGAGAUGGAGAGACAAGGGAGAUGGAGAGACAAGGAAUGGAUGGACAAUGGAGAGAGGAAGGACAUGGACAUGGAUGGAAGAUGGACAUUGGAGACCAAGGAAGGAGCAGACAAAGAGAAGGAGAAGAUGGAUGGAGAGACCAAGGAAGAGGCAGAUAAAGAGAAGGAUGGACAUGGAGACUGGAGAAUGGAGGACACUGGAGAGGAAGGAGAGGCAGACAAAGAGAAGGGUAGAAGAUGGAUGGACACUGAGAGAUCAAGGAAAGGAAGAGGAAGGGUGGAAGACAUGGACAUUGGAGAGACCAAGGAAGAGGCAGACAAAGAGAAGGGGAAGACGUAUGGACACUGGAGAGACCAAGGAGAGGCAGAUGAGAAGAGAAGGGAAGAGGCAGAUAAAGAGAAGGGGAGAAGAUGUAUGGACAUUGGAGAGAUCAAGGAAGAGAUCAAGGAAGAGGCAGAUAAAGAGAAGGGGAGAAGAUGUAUGGACACUGGAGGAUCAGGAAGAGAUAAAAGGUCGUAUGGACUGGAGAUCAAGGAGGCAGAUAAAGAUGGAGGGGAUGAGAUCGAAGAUGGACAUUGGAGAGAUCAAAGGAAGAGAUAA